AUGUUUUCCUCCCCCCUCGUCCACCACGGGGGGCGACGCUGGACCUCGACCAUGGAGCUGGCAUGUGUGGUGCCUGGUACGUCCUCUGGUGCCCUGCUUCCCGUGGCACUGGCCCUGCUGAGCGGCUGCCGCGCGCUCGAGGUCCAGAAGGAUGGCUCCGAGCGCGUCGAGAAGCUCGGCGCCGAGCGCGCCGAGUCUCAGAGCCUGCGGGCCGAUGUCGGCGCGGAGCGGGCCGAGGCGGAGAGCCUUCAGCGCGAGCGGGCGCAGGCCCGCGUCCGAGCAGACAUGGCGGGCUCGCUCGAGAUGUUCCAGGGAAGCGAGCAGGUGGAGCCGCGGGCGCCCGCGGCGCAGCACGGCUCCCCCGUGCUCCCGGGCGGGAUCGCCUCGGAGUCUGUGGCGGACACGAAGCGGCGCCUCGAGGAGAAGAUCGCUGCAAUCGCUGCACGGGAGGCGAGGCACGAGUCGAGGUAG